UUCUACUUGCUCCAUUAUUCCACUCGGAUAUCUCGAAGAGAGCUUUUUAGUCGCUCGAAUCAGUCGUACGUCUACAGAGUCUUAAGAAACUCGUAUUGUAGAAGCGCAACAGUCAAUUUGUUGCAACCGAGUAAUCAUAUCACACUGGAAAAAGUUCAAAUUCUUUUAAAUCUUUGCCGUUAAUGCUAAAACGAUAACUACUAACAACGGAUUUUUACGAAGAAUAAAUUGUUAUAGACAUUAUGUAAAGUUCUGAAUAUUACGAAAGUAAAAAUUUUAUUACACAUAUAGAUAUUAAUAUCUAUCACAAAUAUCUGAGAUUAUCUUACGCCGUUCAGUUUAGAAGAUGGAAAAAUUUCGUCGACUCCUAAGCAUCGCAUUAAUAUUUUAUUCCUGCUUAUUAACAACAUCAAAGACAAUAGUGUCUAAUACUAAAGUCCAGCAAGAUGAUUAUUAUUUGACGUUACGAUUAGUCAGCACGGUGUUUAGACACGGUGAUCGUACAGUUGACAAGUCGAGUCACGAAUCUUAUCCAAACGAUCCAUAUAAUGGUCGUAAUUUCUACCCAGUUGGCGACGGAGACUUAACUAAUGCCGGCAAGAAAAGAGCGUACGAAUUAGGGCUGCUGUUAAGAGACAAAUACAACAAGUUUCUCGGAGAUUUGUAUUACCCACCGAACGUCUAUGCACGUAGCACGUGGGUAACUCGAACCAAGAUGACUCUACAAUUAGUCCUUGCGGGGCUUUAUCCGCCUGUCGAAAUUCAAAAGUGGAACUCGGAGCUUUCUUGGCAACCAGUAGAUAUGAUAUAUUUUCCAAUAGAAGAAGAUGAUCUGCUAUUUCCAAUUAAGUGUUCUAUAUACAACGAUAUUUACAAAAAAGUGAUACAAAAUGCAGAAGUGAAAGAGAAAAUAGAACAGUUUGACAAUUUGAUGAAGAUAACGUCAAAGUAUACAGGAACUAACGUUACAAAUCUUUUGGACCUUGUUCAUUUGUAUAGUGUUUUACGUGUAGAAUCAUCUAUGGGAUUAACUUUACCUGAAUGGACGCAAGACAUAUUUCCGAAUGGCAAACUUUUGAAUGCGACUCUCUUAUUCUUCAAUCUACUUAGUUACGAUCAACUAAAUAAUCUUAACGGAGGUGUGUUAUUAAAUAGAUUAAUUAACGACAUGAAUAAAGCGAUCAACGGAACUCUACAUCGCAAAAUUAAUCUCUUCUCCGCACAUGACAUGAAUGUGUUUGGAUUGCUACUUGCUCUAAAUAUUUCCGAACCUCAUUUACCAGAGUUUACGAGCAGCGUUAUUAUAGAAUUACACGAAAAAAAUGAGAAGUAUUUUGUCAAAAUAUUACAUUAUUUAGGUAUUCCACCGAAAAUAUUAGAAGUUACCAUUCCCGGCUGUGAAGUAUUAUGUCCAUAUGACAAAUUUAUCAAACUAACUAAGAAUACAACUGGGAUAUUUAAAUCAUGUUAUCCAGAGAAUCAGAAAAUGAACAAAUCUCGUGCAAUUUUAACACCAUUUGAAACUUCAACUUUAAACAAUUAAUAGAA